AUGCCCGUCACACAAUUCGCCACCAAGGAAAAGUACCGCUACCAAAACGGCUUCGGAUCCCACUUUGAGUCCGAAGCCGUGGAGGGCACGCUCCCCAUCGGCCACAACAACCCCCAGAAGCCGCCGUACGGUCUCUACGCCGAGAAGCUGUCCGGCACGGCCUUUACGGCGCCUCGACACCUCAACAAGCAGACGUGGCUGUACCGCGUGCUGCCGUCGUGCGCGCACCCGCCGUACGCGCCGGCCGAGAAGACGGCUGCGGCCAACGGCGUCGACGGCGCGGCGCUCGACGAGGGCGCCAGCAAGCUGCACUACAUCCCCAACCAGCUGCGCUGGGACCCCUUUGACCACAACGAGGCGCACGACCUCGACUUCGUGUCGGGCCUGCGCCUCGUGGCCGGCGCAGGCGACGCCACGCUCAAAUCCGGCCUCGGCAUGUACAUCUUCACCGCCGGCAAGAGCAUGGACGAGCACAGCGCGUUCUACUCGGCCGACGGCGACCUGCUCAUCGUCGCGCAGGAGGGCGACCUCGACAUCCGCACCGAGAUGGGCUGGCUGCUCGUGCGGCAGAUGGAGAUUGCCGUCAUCCCGCGCGGCGUCAAGUACCAGGUUCGCCUGCCCAACGGCGCCGCGCGCGGCUACGCGCUCGAGCUCUACGAGGGCCACUUCCAGCUGCCCGAGCUCGGCCCCAUUGGCUCCAACGGCCUGGCCAACGCGCGCGACUUCCAGGCGCCCGUGGCCAGCUUCGACGACGACGCGGGCCCGACCGCCUCCGCGGGCGGCGGCAAGUACACGGUGACGGUCAAGUUCAACAACACGCUCUUUGCGACGACGCAGGCGCACACGCCGUUUGACGUUGUCGGCUGGCAGGGCAACUACUACCCGUACAAGUACGACCUCGGCCGGUUCAGCGCCAUUGGCACCAUUUCGUUUGACCACCCGGACCCGUCCAUCUUCACGGUGCUGUCGGCGCCGACGGCGUCGCCCGGGACCGCCGUCGCUGACUUUGUCAUCUUUCCCCCGCGCUGGCUCGUCGGCGAGGACACGUUCCGCCCGCCGUGGUACCACCGCAACACCAUGGCCGAGUUCAUGGGGCUCAUCUGUGGGGGCUACGACGCCAAAAAGGGCGGCGCUGGCGGCUUCGUGCCCGGCGGCGCCAGCCUGCACAAUGUCAUGAGCGGCCACGGGCCCGACGCCGACAGCCACGAGGGCGCCCGCGAGGCUGACUUGAAGCCCGUCAAGGUCGGCACCGGCAGCUGCGCCUUCAUGUUCGAGACGUGCCUCAUGGUCGGCGUCACGGAAUGGGGCCUGCGCACGUGCAAAAAGGUCCAGGAGGGCUACAGCGAGGAGAGCUGGGGCGGCGUCCUCACGCACUGGAAGCGUCCGGAGGACAAGCCGGUUCGCAGCCACCUGCUCGAGUAA